AUGCUGCCGAGGUACCCGGAGGUGAAGCCCAACCCACUGCAGAAGGCAAACCUCUGCUCGCACCUGUUCCUCUGGUGGCUAAACCCCUUGUUUAAAAUUGGUCACAAAUGGAAAUUAGAAGCAAAUGACAUGUACUCGGUGCUUCCAGAAGAUCGCUCCCAGCACCUUGGAGAAGAGCUGCAAGGGUACUGGGAUCAAGAAGUGUUGAGAGCCCGGAAAGAUGUGCGGGAGCUACGGGAAAUCCUACUUAGUUUUGGGAAUGUUAACAUUUCUUGA